AUGAGAUAUCGAGGCGGUAGUCACGGUAUUCAGUGGUUAUCAGUUACCAGAUCACAUCGUCCUUAUCUUCCAGUUCGAAGAAGAGAGCGAGCCACAGCAAAGGAAAUAGACAGAGCUCUUCGCAAGUAUGGAGCUGCAAUUAAGACUCUUAGAUUAGUUAUAGCUGUAGAUAGGGCUCUAUCUUGGUCAAUGCUUAUCAAAGAACUGGAGAGAAAUCCGUGGUGGCACCCGUAA